AUCAUCAUGCCGUCUCUUUAGAAAAAGAAUCUUCAAGAAGACAUGGAGGAAGAAGGCACCCUAGUACGAGCAGAUGACCUAAAACCCGCCGGAAAACCUUUGUACAGGCUUUACUUUAAGGGUCUGGUAAACAGGGAACCAACAAUGUUUUCGGCAGGAUUUGGGGUUGCAAUUUGCGGCGACAAGGAUGAUCUGUUGUUUGACAUGGAUAGACCAAUUCAUGACCGCUCCAUUACACUUUUGGAGGCUGAGCUUAUAGCAUUGAAGGGCGGGUUAGAAAAAGCUGUGAUUAUGCAGAUCAAACAUAUCUCAAUCUGCUGUGAUGAUGAUCAGAUUUUCGAAUUGGUCAUGGGGAGAUCAACGCCGGAGCGAGAAAGCACUGCCUUGCUAUUGCGUGAUAUACAAGGCAUAAGAAAAUAUUUGACGUCUAGCAUCCCUGUUCUGUUGACUCAAGAUCAAGUUAAUAUUGCCUACAAACUUGCAAUAGAAGCAAUAUGUUCUUCUCAUGUCAUCAUUCAUAGGGCUGUUCAGAAAUUAGAGACUUGCACUAUCUGUUUGAACGAUGACAUCAAUGCUGAUCAGAUGUUUCUUGUUGCUAAAUGUGGUCAUAUGUUUUGUUCCGAAUGUUUUAAACGACAUAUAGAGGUGGAACUACGGCAGAGAAGUCUGAUAAGAUGUCCUCAGUAUCAUCGUUGCUAUUCUCUACUGACUUUUCGAAAUUGUGUCAACAUCUUGACACCUAAACUAAAAGAGAUGUGGCAACAAAGGAUCAAAGACGACUCGAUUCCUGUAACGAAUAGAGUUUACUGCCCAAACCCUAGGUGCUCGACUUUAAUGUCCAAAACCGAGCUCUAUGCACAUAUUGGAGUUCGGAGACGCUGUGUAAAAUGCAGUGAACCUUUUUGCAUCAGCUGCAAAGUCCCGUGGCAUACUAACUUGUCGUGCAACGGUUACAAAAAGUUGCAUCCAAAUCCUACCAUAGACGAUGAAAAGCUCAAAAGACUAGCUAAUAAGAAACUGUGGCGUCAGUGCAACAAGUGUCAACAAAUGAUUGAACUUUCUGAUGGAUGCGUCAGUGUACACUGCAGAUGUGGACAUGAGUUUUGCUACCGGUGUGGAGCCGAUGCUGGUGUUUGCCCUCAUGUAUUCGGUUUUGUCGCUUGUUUCCAAGAACUAAUAACUGAAGAAAAUUACAAAUUCUCAUAUGAUGAUAUAUACAAUCGAGUAGUAAAACCUGAAAGAGUAACCACAGUGUCAUGGGGAGAUCCGCACCUGAGCAAGAAAACAUUGCCUUGCUACUGCGUGAUGUGCAAGGCAUCAGAAAACAUUAGCAAAGCUGUUCGAGUGACUCGAAAUCAAGUUGAGUCUGCCUAUAAACUUGGAAUUGAAGCAAUCUCAUAUAAGAACAAGAUGGCUAUGCCUGUUCUAUUUCUUCACCCGAUAAAGAUAGAUAUGCCUACUCGGAUUCAUCCGAAAACGACUUGCCGUAUCUGUUUCGACGAUAUCAAUGAUGAUGAGAUGUUUUAUGUUCAUCCAUGUCGUCAUAUAUUUUGUUCCGAAUGUGUGAAACGACAUAUAGAGGUGAGACUAUCGGAGGGAUAUAGGAUGACAUGUCCUCAGUACCUCUGCAGAUCUGAGCUGAUUUUAGGAAAUUGUGUCAACUUUUUGACACCUAAACUAAAAGAGAUGUGGCGACAAAGGGUGAGAGAUGAAUCGAUUUCUGUAACGGAUAGAGUUUAUUGCCCGAUCCCGACGUGCUCAGCUUUGAUGUCAGUAUCCGAGUUAGAUCAAAGCACUGGCGUUACGAGAUGCUGUGUCAAAUGCGGUAAAGUUCCAUGGCAUAAUAACUUAUCAUGCUGCGAGUACAAGACGUUACAUCCAAUGAGAAACUGUGGCGUCAAUGCAGCAAGUGCCAACAAAUGA